AUGACUUCAUUCAAUAACAAUAAUUCUAUUAUUGAUACGACAUUGUCUCAUUAUAUUAAAUUACAAAUUCAAUAUGGUUCUGAUCUUUAUGAAAUGUUAUUAUCGAGUAAAGACAAUAAAAUUCGAGUUGAAAAUCUAUUAGAUGAAAUUGAAAAACUUACUAAAGUACCAAAAUGUCAUCAAACUAUUAUGUAUAAAGGUCAACGUUUAGAUCAUAAACCACAAGCAAAUCUUGAUGAUCUUUACAUAUUUAAUAAUAGUAAAUUGAUCUUAAGCGGAACACAAAAACAAUUUCAUGAUAAAUAUUGUUGUCCUAAUCAUGAUCAUAAUAUGAUCAACACUUCAGUACCAAAACUUAGUUCAUCACAAAAACAAAAUAAUACAACUACUAAUAUAAAAGAAGAAAAAUCAAAUAUAACGAUAAAAUCAAACAAAGAUAUAGAUGAUAACUCAAUGACUAAGACACAAACACCAUUGGUAUUUCAAAAACAACAAGAAAUAAAUUCAAAUCUAACUGGUUUUGUGCCCGAAGCAAAUAAGAGUUAUGAAUAUUACACAGUUCCAUACAAAACUGAUCCAACAACACUCUUACAAAAUAUUCCAUCAUCAACAUCAAAUGUACAUUAA